CAUGUGUGAUUGUAAUUGUAAAUAUGGAGAAAUCAACGAGUAAUGAUGAAUGGAAGAAGAAAAAGAAAUCACGAUACAAUAAUUUAAAGUACACUUUAUAUAUGAGUUUAUUCAUCGGAUAUGCAAUGUUUUAUUACAAUAGGAAAUCGUAUAGUUCCUUAAUACCUGCUUUACUACAGUCUCAAUACUUAGGGGAGAGUGAACUUGGUUUCAUUUCCAGCUGUUUUGCCUUCAGUUAUGGAUUAAGUAAAUUUGGAUGUGGUAUUUUAUCUGACAAACUUCAACCAAAACAAUUGUUUGUUUUUGGUCUAAUUGCUACGGGAAUUUGUAACAUAUUUUUCACAUUUAUUGAUGGCAUAAUGUAUUUGUCCACCGUUUGGUUUGUGAAUGGUUUGAUACAGGGCAUAGCUUGGCCGCAAUGUGCAAAGUUGCUGAGAGUGUGGUUUAAACCAGAUGAGAUUGGUACAUAUUGGAGUUUAUUGACUGUUGGCUGUAACAUCAUGUCAGGAUUUUGUCCUUUAAUAACCAUACAUGUAAUCUCACAUUACCAUUGGCAUUAUGCUAUGCUAUUGCCUGGCCUAUUGGCUGUUGUUAUUUCUCCACUUUUGUAUAUGACAAUUUACAACUCUCCAAAAGAGGCUUGUUUAACUGUUGAUGACAAAAUAAAUACUGGGCAGAAGAAAAGAGAUGAAUAUGCUUGGGGAAAAGUUUUUUUACAGAUUUUACAUAGUCCAUUUUUAUGGGUGCUUCUCUUUGGAGAUUUUUUAACAGCCAUUAUGAAAAGUGCAUUUGGUGACUGGAUUCAACUUUACCUAAUACAAGACAAGAGACAAUCACAGGCAACAGCUGGAUUGGCUGUGACAUUCUUUGAAAUUGGUGGCAUCCUUGGAAGUUUCUUAGCAGGUGUAAUCACUGAUAAUUGGAUACAAAAGCAUGAUCCAGCUAAACUCUCCAGUCCUCGUAUGCCAGCUUUUAUAUGGUUAUACGCAAUGCUGCAAGUGUGUGUUUAUUUCCUGAGGACGACUGUUAACCCAUCAUCAUCAACAUUAUUUAUAGGAAUUUUACUGUUUGGGUGUGGCAUGGCAUUAUCUGGUUCAACGUCACUAUAUGGCUUAGUUGCAAUGGAAAAUGGGCCACCAGGUUUCUCUGGAACAACUCAUGCCAUUGUUGCUCUUGGUUCAAGCUUUGGUGGGAUAAUGGCAGGCUAUCCACUAGCUAUGUUUGCUAAAUUGUAUGGUUGGCAUCAGACUUUCUUUCUCCUUCAAAUUAUAACUACUAUCAACUUAGCUGUUCAUUUUAUCACUAGGGACUUAAACAAAAAUAUGGUAGAUGCAAUAAAGAUGAAAAAACUGAAAAUAAGUUAGAUAAUCAUGUCAUAGGUGAUAUAG